CCACCUCUCUCGGUGGGCCUCAGAUUGACGCUGUGUUUCUCCUCUGCACAGAUUCAUAGCGCUUCACAUUCUCUCUCCAUAAACGCGUAAGCGAGUCAACUCCUUCUAAAACUCAGAUCUGGAGCCUGAUGAACCCGGAUAUGUCAUCCCCGACAGGAUCGUAUUGGUGCUAUAGAUGCACCCGAUUUGUUCGCCUUUCGCAUGCUCAGGAUCAUAUUGCUUGUCCCUGCUGUCGAAGCGGCUUCCUGGAAGAGAUCCCGAUCAACCCAUCUCCAUCUUCGUCUAUGUCCAUCUUCACCCUUGAACCUCAAAAUUCCUUCAAUUUAAGGAGACAAGGGUUCCGGAGAAGACGCCGCAAUGCCGGCAGCCACUCUUCCUUUAACCCAGUGAUUGCUCUCCGCGGACCUGCCCAUGGCGGUGUCGCGGAAGAGAGCGGAGAUCGCGAAGGAAGUGGUAGCUUCCAAUUGUACUAUGAUGACAAUGAUGGUUCCGGUCUGCAACCAUUACCGCCGAAUAUGUCGGAGUUCUUGCUCGGGUCAGGAUUCGAUCAGGUGUUGGAGCAGAUUUCACAGAUCGAAAAUAAUGGUCUCGGGCGGCUGGGGAACCUACCGGCGUCCAAAAUGGCCAUUGGAUCGAUGCCGACGAUUGAGAUAGGGGAGCAACAUGUGAGUACGGACAUACACUGUGCCAUUUGUAAAGAAGCAUUUGAGCUAGGUUCAAAGGCAUCUGAAAUGCCUUGCAAGCACAUCUACCAUUCGGAUUGCAUUGUUCCGUGGCUUUCAAUGUGCAAUUCGUGUCCUGUAUGUCGCAAUGAGCUGCCUUCGGAUAGAAACCACUUGGAAAGUAGAGUCUCAAGGCAAAUCGAUGAAGAAACAAUAGGAUUUACGAUAUGGAGGCUACCAGGUGGGGGCUUCGCCGUAGGAAGGUUUCCUCAUGGUCGCGUUGAUGGGGAGAGUCAUUUGCCAGUUGUAUACACAGAAAUGGACGGUGUGGUUAGUGCAAAUGGCGUUCCUAGAAGAGUUUCCCGGGCAAUGAGAAAUAUUAGACUUAGCGAAAGUCGUGGAUUGAGGAGAAUAUUUCGCAGUUUCUUGGCAUUCUUCGGGAGGCUUGGAUCUAGGUCAACAUCCUCCUCCUCUUCAUAUUCCAUUUCUCAGAAUGGACCCCUGAGUGGAAGCCUCAGGCAAUUAAGUUCAGUAUUCAAUAGGAACUCGCAGAGCCGAAGUAGAGAUUGGGUAGUGGAAGAUAUAUAGAAUAACUUUAGCAGUAUUUGAAAAGAAAAAUAAUAAUUAAAGCAUACACUUCCAGUCAAGAAAUUUACACUGCAAAUAUAUCAUAGAAUUCUUAACUAUGAAUUGUCGAAGGAUGAAACGUGAUGGGAGAGCUGGUCUCUUGACGAUUGGUUUCCUGAGAAUGAGAUGCCAAGUUUUCUUGUUCGGUGAAAAUACUCAUUAAAGGGUGCAAUUUUGCACUUGAAAGUUGAUAAAGAGUUGUUGUAGAUGGAAAAACAAGUAUAUGUUACAAUACGAAUUGAGCCCGGCUGUCGCAGAGUAGUACACAGGGCAUAAUUGAGAAGGAUGAAAUGCAAUUUUAUUCCUCGCGUGCCUAAAUUAUGGAUUCGUUUAUAUCAUGUUUUA